AUGAGGGGCACAGCAGUCUGCCGCCAGGCAGUCCACAGUCUCCGCUCAGGAGCAGCUCGAUCUUCAAGCUCGCGGAUACCGCUCCGCUUCGCCCAAACCGCCUUCGUCGCGGUUGCCAUCGGGGGCAUCGUCUGGACCGCUCCUGACUUCAGGAAGUCCUGGGUGAUCAAGAACGAUGCUGCGCCGCAGGUCGAUCACCGAGUCUCAGCGGACGACAAGGAUGCUAUGCGAUUCGAUCCCGAUACCCAGAUCCCCUUCCCCCUGCACAUUGCCGGUACAUCAGCAUCCUCCCCUGCACUUUCGCUCGUAGGAUUAGGAGUAAGGAAGGUGUCCUUCCUCCGCGUCAAAGUGUACUCGGUCGCUUUCUAUCUCGAGGACAGCUUGACGAGCCGUCUGCGCGAUAUCCCUGGAUGGAGAUCAUUCUCCGCUUUUGACCUCAUCGCUGCUCCUGCUUCUGCUCCUGCGGCGGCGCCGCCAGCAUCAUCAGCGCUACAGGGCGAGGCGCUUAUGGCUUCCCUACUGGAUCAGCCUGUGGCGUGCGCCGUCCGGAUCGUUCCUACCCGCAAUACCGACUUCGCACACCUCCGAGACGGCUUCACACGCGCCAUCCAAGCGCGUCAAAAGCUCGCUCGGGUCGGCGGACGAUUGACCGAUGCCGAGGAAGAACGGAUCGCUCAGUCUACCCAGACGCUCAAGGCGAUGUUCCCGUCUCAGAGCGUACCAAAGGGGAAGGCCUUGACGUUGACACGGCUGGCGAAGGGGGAGCUGGUAGUCGAGUACGAGGGCAAACUACUUGGGAGGGUGAAUGACCCGUGGAUCUCUAGAGAGCUCAUGCUCGCUUACUUUGCGGACAAGGACGUGAUAUCGCCGAAGCUGAAAGAAGAUGUCGCCUCGGGUCUCGAAGCCCUAUGCAAGCGAUGA